AUGAUGAAAACUUUUUGCGGAUCUCCAUGUUAUUGUUCGCCAGAAUGCUUGUGCAGAGUCCAGUACGACGGUAGAUUAUCAGAUGUUUGGUCAUUAGGCGUUAUUUUAUAUGCUAUGGUUACAGGAGAACAUCCCUGGAAUAUUACAAAUACAUCAAUCAUGCUUAGACAGAUUCUUAAAGGCGCUUAUACAGUCCCACCUUUCGUAUCUCCACAAUGCAAAGAAUUAAUUACGAAAAUGAUGCAAGUUAAUCCUCGCGAUCGUAUAACAGUUGAUGAAAUUCUAAAACACCCGUGGCUUAAGGUUGCCGCAAGGUGUCCACAUAAAAAGCCAGUUAAACCAAGGAAGGAAAUUUUGAAUUUACCACCGCUUAACGGUCUUACUCUUGAAGAAAUUUCAGAAGCAUCAGCACAGAGUUCUCAGCGUUCUGAUAAUGGUAUCAUAUCUCCAUUCGAAGACGUUGAAAAUCCAGGUGAUGAUGGUUCGGCUCUUCCUAAGCUUUGCAUACGUAGCUCUUCAUUACAGAACGUUAGAAUGGGCAAACUCUCCACAGAAAACUCUAUAAACGGUUCGAGAAGGCGUCUCGUUCCGCAAGGAGGCGGAGGCGGAGGUCAGCUCACUGCAUCCAGCAGGCAAAGGUCAGCGGCUAACUUGCUUAUGCAGAGAGGAGCCAAGGCAAAGCCUCAGGGCGGUAUCCCGAUGAUGACAAUCACUGAAGAUGAGUAA